GGCUGCACAGCAAUCAGAGGCAGCUCCGGCGUGUUUGACAUUGGACUACACAUUAUCGGCUGUGUCUUUACUGAGUGACAGUAACUUGCAACCUAAUUAUCAAGCGGGACCGUGCUGGUGACGCCAGAGCGACAUCCAGAUUCCUAUAAGGUUGCAAUGCUGCACCUGUCUCGGCUGUUGCAGUGAUGAUCCCACCUUGAAAUCUGAAGGACGGAAAGACAAGUCAGGAAAAAGGAAUAUACUGAAAUCAUCCAUUCUCAAAAACUCCUCUGUGCCAGGAGCUCAUGCCAUGGCCAGGAAAAGUGUUUCUCGGACAAGUAGUUUCCUGUGACGGCUCUACACGACACAUAUGACAUCUGCUUCUCCCAUGUUACCUCAACGGACCACGAUGAUGAUUUGGCUGCUGCUAUCUCUGUCCUUUUGGGUGGCAUCUAAUCAAGCUGACUCUGCGCAGUCUGAACGGCGAGUUGUAGCACACAUGUCUGGUGACAUCAUCAUUGGAGCGUUGUUCUCUGUCCAUCAUCAGCCUCCUGCUGACAAGGUACAUGAGCGCAAGUGUGGCGCAGUGCGAGAGCAGUAUGGCAUCCAGAGGGUGGAGGCCAUGAUGCACACACUGGACCGCAUCAACACCGACCCGCACAUCCUUCCCAACAUCUCCCUUGGCUGUGAGAUCCGGGACUCCUGUUGGCACUCUGCUGUGGCUCUGGAGCAGAGCAUUGAGUUCAUACGGGACUCGCUUGUCUCCUCCGAUGAGGCCGAGGAGUGGGGUGGAGGAGGAGCCUGGGGUGGGGGAGGAGGUGGAGGAGCGACGAUGAAGUGCGCGGACCCCUCUGCCACUCCGAUGCGGGGGAAAAAACCCAUUGUGGGUUUAAUUGGACCGGGGUCGAGCUCAGUGGCCAUCCAAGUCCAGAACCUUCUACAGCUGUUCAACAUACCACAGAUUGCCUACUCUGCCACCAGUAUGGACCUCAGCGAUAAGAGCCUUUAUAAGUACUUUAUGCGGGUGGUGCCUUCAGAUGCCCAGCAGGCAAGAGCUAUGGUGGACAUUGUCAAGAGAUACAACUGGAGCUACGUGUCUGCGAUACACACUGAAGGCAACUAUGGUGAAAGUGGGAUGGAAGCGUUCAAGGACAUGGCAGCUAAGGAAGGCAUCUGUAUCGCCCACUCUGGCAAAAUCUGGAGCAAUGCCGGAGAGCAGAGCUUUGAUCGACUGCUGGAGAGACUGAGGGGCCACCUGCCUAAGGCCAGGGUGGUGGCAUGUUUCUGUGAAGGCAUGACUGUCCGCAACAUCCUCAUGGCCAUGAGACGCCAGGGGCUGGUGGGAGAGUUUCUACUCAUCGGCAGCGACGGUUGGGCGGACCGGUACGAUGUAACAGAUGGCUAUGUGAGGGAAGCAGCGGGUGGUAUUACCAUCAAGCUCCAGUCGGCUGAUGUAAAAUGGUUUGAUGAGUACUACCUUAAACUUCGUCCUGAAAACAACCUCAGGAACCCCUGGUUUCCGGAGUUCUGGCAGCAUCGCUUCCACUGCCGACUUAAAGGUCACCCGCAGGAGAGCAGCAAAUACAACCGGACCUGUAGCAAGCGAGAGUCGCUUCGGCAGCAGUAUGCACAGGACACUAAGAUGGGAUUUGUCAUCAAUGCCAUCUACUCAAUGGCAUAUGGUCUGCAUAACAUGCAACGGGCGCUCUGCCCAGGCUAUCAGGGCCUGUGUGAUGCCAUGCGACCUAUAGAUGGUGCUACACUGCUGGACUUCUUGAUGAAAACCAACUUCACAGGCGUGUCAGGAGAGGGCAUCUUAUUUGAUGCGAAUGGAGACUCACCUGGCAGGUAUGAAAUAAUGAACUUUAAAAAGAUGGGGAAUGACUACUAUGACUACAUAAAUGUCGGCAGUUGGGACAACAGAGGCUUGAAGAUAGAUGACGAUGAAAUCUGGCCCAACAAAGACACCAUAAUCAAGUCAGUCUGCAGUGAACCCUGUGACAAGGGACAGAUUAAGGUGAUCCGUAAGGGUGAAGUGAGCUGCUGCUGGACGUGCACUCCCUGUAAAGAAAAUGAGUUUGUGUUUGACGAGUACACCUGCCGAGCCUGUGAACUGGGCUCCUGGCCUACAGAUGACCUCACAGGCUGUGACCCAAUCCCAGUGGAGUAUCUGCGGUGGGGAGAUCCUGAACCCAUUGCUGCUGUGGUCUUUGCCUGCCUUGGUCUAAUGUUCACCUUCUUUGUCACUGCAGUCUUUAUCAGGUUCCGGGACACCCCAGUAGUGAAAUCCUCCAGCAGGGAGCUGUGCUACAUUAUACUGGCUGGGAUCUGCCUCGGAUACCUGUGUACCUUCAGCCUCAUAGCCAAACCCCAUGUCAUCCACUGCUACCUCCAACGACUGGGAAUAGGCUUGUCACCUGCUAUGAGCUACUCUGCACUUGUCACCAAGACAAACCGCAUCGCUCGGAUCCUGGCAGGCAGCAAGAAGAAGAUCUGUACAAAGAAACCUCGCUUCAUGUCUGCCUGCGCUCAGCUCAUCAUUGCCUUCCUCCUCAUACUGCUGCAGCUGGGCAUCAUCGUGGCUCUCUUCCUCAUGGAGCCACCUGAGGUGAUUCAUGACUACCCCAGCAUCCGCCAGGUCAACCUCAUUUGCAACACCACUAACCUGGGCGUGGUCGCUCCGCUGGGAUACAAUGGCCUGCUCAUCCUCAGCUGCACCUUCUAUGCCUUCAAGACCCGUAACGUUCCAGCUAAUUUCAAUGAGGCGAAGUACAUUGCCUUUACCAUGUACACCACCUGUAUCAUCUGGCUGGCCUUUGUACCUAUCUACUUUGGCUCCAACUACAAGAUUAUCACCAUGUGCUUCAGUGUCAGCCUCAGUGCCACUGUGGCACUGUGCUGCAUGUUCGUACCCAAGGUGUACAUCAUUCUAGCCAAACCAGAGCGUAACGUGCGCAGUGCCUUUACCACUAGCACAGUGGUGCGCAUGCACGUGGGCGACGGCAAAUCGUCCUCAGCCGCCAGCCGUUCUUCUAGUCUGGUCAACCUAUGGAAACGCAGAGGCUCCACUGGAGAGACACUCAGCUCCAACGGUAAAUCAGUGUCCUGGGCGCAGACGGAGCGCAGCGGUUCACGCGGCAACCACCUGUGGCAACGGCUGUCCUUCCACAUUAAGAAGAAGGAGAACAAUCAGACUGCCGUCAUCAAGCCCUUCUCCAAAACUUCAGAGGAGCGUUACUGUGGAGGGGGAGAUCUGCCACCGCAUGUCCCUCUGCCCUCUCUCCCCUCCAUGUCCUCCCUGUCCAUUCAUCCUGAUUCUGGCACAGACAAGACCCUGUAUGAGCUCUCUGAAGCAGAGGAGCACUACUCGAUGACAUACCGGCCGCAGACGCCCUCACCAAUCAGCACGGUCAGCCAGAGGCUCGGGGCAGGAUUAUCAGAGGAGCCUCCGAUGACUGGUAUCCCAACCUACCCGAGCAGCAUUUGCAGCGGUGGCAGUGGUGGCAGCGUUGGCGGCAGUAGUUGUGGUCAUGCCAGCAGCAGCUCUGUGGUUGCGGGGAGUGACAGUCGCUUGGUUGCAUGCAGUGAUGGUCGUUUGAUCAUGGGGACCGACGGUCUUUUGGUUGCUGUGGACAACCGCCCAGGACAGAGUUCACUGAUGGAUCAGAUCAGCUGCGUGGUAAACCGCUUCACCGCCAACAUCACCGAGCUCAACAGCAUGAUGUUGUCAUCCUCUCCGACACACUCACACACGCACAAACACACACCUCCUUCUCCUCACCCCGCCGACCCAUACCUGCUGCCACGUGAAAUCCAGAUGCCCCCAACCCUCACCACCUAUGCUGAUGUCCAGCCCCUCCCACCUGUCGAGUCCAGCCUGGGGGGCCGGAGUGGCUGCCUCGCUCACCCCAUUCCGCAUUCACCUUACCCCCUGCCACCUCCUCACACCCAGACCUCCCCCUCUGUCUCCCCCAUGCGAGGAGGCCUGAUCACCUGCCUCAACAACUCCCCUCUGAGACGGGGGGAGUUGGAAGAGGAGCUUAUUGCUUUGACUCCGCCGUCGCCUUUCCGCGAUUCCCUGGCAUCGAGUAGCGGCUCACCUGUCUCAGAGACAGGUCUAUGUCUCCCCCCGGUCCCCUCCCACCCUCCCCCAUCCCCCCCUACACCCAGGUACAGCAGACUGACACUCAGAAACUACAGUCAGAGUUCAUCCUCACUGUGAGGCAGACAUGACAAGUCAAGAAAACGCCGAAGUGAAGAGGAGCGCUCAGAAACAACACAGUCAAUGUGAGUGAAGAGUAUCGGAGGAUGGAAAGACUAAAAUCCAUUCGUCCCUACGUGGAGUAAAAAACCUGCAGUGAAGGAGUCGUGGAGGGCUGGUUGGUGAAGGCACCAAGCUGCGACAGUCUGCUGUCUGCUGUUGUGUUUACAUGUUUGCAGUGAGAUGCAAGUAUAAGAAGCUUCUAUUUUCUUAGUGCAGUUUCUCACAAGUGGGACGUGAAGAGCUGCAAAAAGGGCCACUAUGACUUUGCAGUGUUUUGUCUGUGAAGUCAGAAAUCAUUCUCGAAGGUCUAGAGCUACGUAUCAUUUAGAUUUGGGUAGUGGCCUUAAGGUAUCAUGGCUAUCAACUAAUUAGAGAUUGUGAGUGUCAGUGUGUUUGUGUUUGUGUGUGUGGGUGUGUGUGCGUGUGUGUGCAUGAGUAUGUUUUGGCGUAUCUUAGUCAGUGAGAUGAAAUGCCAACAAGACAGCCAAGGGUAUUGAUGAGGUAAGACUCCCAAAGCCUGUGCGGACUAACAGAGGCUAUCAAGGGCACAUAUAGUACAUUUGCUGAUACACACACACACACACACACACACACACACACACACACACACACAUACAAACACUUAGGCAUGAGCACACACAGAUACAAUGUAAGGGGAAAACACUGUAAAUAUAUGAGAGGUUAUGGAUUUUUCUUUGGUGAUAAAAUCCAACAUGCUUCUGACAAAAGUGCAUUGUGUUAACAUACCAGACUGUAUGUUACUCUGAAGAACCUUCUCACAAACACAUCGUUUUAUUCGUUCAGCUCUCCAGUCUGUUCCCUCCACAUCGCUUUCUUUUCCUCAGUCCCUCUUUCUCUCGCUGCUUUCUUUUAUCCUGCCAGUGUUUCGGUAUUUUCUACUCUUCCAGUUUGUUUUCUUCAGAAGUUUGAAUGUAUAUUUUCUACAUGAUUCCUGAAGCAGUUGGGACCAAACCUUUUGUACCUCUCUGUCUGUGACUCGAGAAAGAGGGAGAGGAGGGAUUGACAAGACCAGGCCUUGUUUCACCAUUAACAUCUUAGUCAUUGAAUCUUGUUCAGAUGGAUAAUUGGCAGAAACCUGACCUCAGAGCUUAUUGUUGGUGUGUGACAUUUGACAAAGCAUAAUGUGAGGCUCAGCGGGAUCCCAGUCAUGACAUUUUCUUUGCACAAUGUGUCAGCGGGACACAAGUGUCACUCUGUUCAUCACAGACAGUGCUUUGAUUAGGACUAAUUGGAAUCACAAUCAUCUCUAAUGUUUGUGGGCACAGAUUGGUUGAUCAGAGGGUCAUCUGUUGCACAAGUGGAAAGACCUUUCUGAACCUCUCCUCUCUUUUUAGAAGAAGGAGGGCAGAAUAACAAAAGAGGUUCAUGGACAGACAUGAGAGUGCUAUCGAUCUUCCUGUCUGUCUCAGCAAGAAAGCGAAGCAGUGAAUUGCCAAAAUGUCAGUCUGUUCCUUUAAAAUGAGGUCUGGCCUCUUGAGAACAAUCCCAAAUCUUGUACUUCCUGUACUGGGAAAGAUGUUGUGAGUGAAUGCAAUCCAAGUCAUAAUCACUUUUUCUCUAAAAAGUAUUCAGCAGCAGUGGUAGAUCAUGUGAUAUUAACAUGAGAUGUGACGUCUGUUUAGGUGGCGUACGUUUGGUCAUGGACUUUCCAUAGACUUUUUACCCUGGGUGCAUUGGUUGAAGAUGAUCUGGGGCGCCGUGUCAUCUUCUGCCUGUUACAUGUAUCACCUGUUUUCAGAAUACACUUCCAUUUUCACAGGAAAUGUACUGUUUGCAUACAGUCUCUUUCAAAAUAAAUGCACUACGUCGUAAAUUGACCUUUUUUUUCCAAACAGUGUUUU